GCUAAACCCUAAUCAUAGAUCUGCAAAUUGUAACAAAUUUUCAGAAUGCAAAUUGUGAAAUGCUUUAGAUAAAGAAAUCCACAACGUGAUUCAAAAUAUCUCUUAAAACCAUCCAAAAUAAGUAAAGCAGGAGGACAAAUCGUUCACUGUCCAACGGAAUAAUAAGGGAAGAACAUUUAGAAAAUAUGCGUUCUAAGUGUUUUCCUUCUCUUGUAGAUUGUAGAAGACUUGGGUUGCGAUCGAUUUCCUAAGUGUUUUCCUUCUCUUGUAGAUUGUAGAAGACUUGGGUUGCGAUCGAUUUCCCUUUUUUUUAUUUCAGUUUUAAUUCCGAGGAAAUCAGAGAGGCGGGCGAUCCGUCGCGUGCGAUGGAUUUGGAGGCAGCGUCCCGGAACAAGCGGGAGGUUCUGGUUCUAGGUUUUACCGAUGCAUACGGCCAGGAGAUGGCUGAUUCCAAGGAGGGAGAGAUCCACAAGGUCGCCGUCGCUACUGCGGUGCUCCGAUUCCGAACGCUCGAUGCCGGCGGUACGAUCAAGAGUUUCUUUGGGUCUAGAGAAGUUGGCGAGUUUGUUAGCGGAGCAUUAGCUGGUGCUAUGACUAAAGCUGUUCUUGCUCCUUUAGAGACCAUCAGGACAAGGAUGGUAGUUGGAGUCGGAUCCAAGCACAUUGCUGGUAGUUUUCUAGAGAUCAUUGAAGAUCAUGGCUGGCGAGGACUCUGGGCUGGAAACACUGUUAACAUGCUCCGAACAAUACCUUCCCAAGCAAUCGAGCUUGGUACAUUUGAAUGUGUCAAACGGACUAUGUCAUCUAUACAAGAGGAUUGGAAGGAGAAUGGAAGCCCAAAGCUGCAGAUUGGUCGAAUGAAUCUGGAUCUUUCUUUUCUUUGCAAUUGCAUCUCUCCAGUUGCUGUUGGUGGAGCGGCUGCUGGUAUUGUCAGCACAAUCAUAUGUCAUCCUCUCGAAGUUCUAAAGGAUCGUUUGACUGUGAAUCGUGAAGCCUACCCCAGCAUAACUGUGGCUAUGAGUAAGAUAUACAAGAAUGAUGGAAUUGGAGGCCUAUAUGCUGGUUUAUCACCAACAUUAAUAGGCAUGCUUCCAUACAGCACAACCUACUAUUUCAUGUACGAGACCAUGAAAAAGUCCUACUGCCAAGCCAAGCGAAAGAAGUCCUUGAACCGUGCAGAGCUGCUGAUCGUCGGUGCUCUUUCCGGUUUAAUGGCAAGCACCCUCAGCUUCCCACUGGAAGUCGCAAGAAAGCGACUAAUGGUCGGAGCCAUGCAAGGGAAAUGCCCGCCCCACAUGUUAGCAGCAUUGUCUGAGGUCGUCGGCAGAGAGGGCUUGACGGGUUUGUACCGAGGCUGGGGCGCGAGCUGCUUGAAAGUCAUGCCUUCAUCAGGAAUCACUUGGAUGUUCUAUGAAGCAUGGAAGGAAAUUCUCCUGGCGGACAGGCCGCCCAUUUAGUCUGCAAAGGGAUUCUUGAUGCUACUGCCUCAUUGGGAUUCAUUGUCUAAUCAAAUAAUUCAUCUUAUAGAGACCUUUUUGUUUUUAAUCUAUUCGAAAUUUUCCACGCAUGCCUUAGCUAUCUUGUAUUUAAAUUGCCAGGAAUGAUGAGUCUUUCGUGUAAACUAA